UUCAAAACGGUCUUUCUCCUUCACUUCACCAAAAUCUCUCUCUCUCUCUUUCUCGAUCUCUUGAAAUGUCGAACACGGGAUUAACGAUCUUCGACGGUGAUGUGCUCAGAUCCAUCGAUCUCAGCCCACCGGAACUCCAACACGGCGUAACCGGUGCUCAGCUUCUAGAAAUCUCCGAAUCUAAGGUUUCUGAAUCUCUCUCGGGACUCUCACUACCGCCAAAUCUCAAAGACGCGGCGAUCUCUCGAGUCUCCGAUGGAGAUGACGUCAGUUUCCGACGUACGGAGUUCAAUCAACAACAAGCUUCUGAGAAACUCGGAGUUUUCAUCUCCGCCGUUGCCGAUGCUCUUAGAGAUGCUCCAAUUGUGGUGUCGGUUCUUGAUGGGAGUAUGUUGAAGAUGUUUUUGGAGGAUGAAGAUGAUUUUGCAAUGUUGGCAGAGAACUUGUUCACUGAUUUGGAUGAAGAAGAUAACGGAAAGAUUUGUAAAAGCGAGAUACGAAAUGCUCUUGUACAUAUGGGUGUUGAGAUGGGUGUUCCUUCACUCUCAGAAUUUCCCAUCUUAGAUGAUAUCAUUAAGAAGCAUGAUGCUGAUGGUGAUGAAGAACUUGGACAAGCACAAUUUGCACAACUAUUGCAGCCAGUUCUACAAGGAAUAGCAGAUGUCCUUCAUGAGAAACCAAUAACCAUUGUCCAGAACGUUGAGAUUUUUACUGGAUCAAGGCUGCGUAAGAUUCUUGCUGACGAGAAGACACUCAAGUGUCUCAUAGAGAAAACGAUUCUGGAAGUGACGAACUGGAAAGACAGCCAAGGAUGGCCAGAUCUUAUAAAGACUCUGAUAAUAAAGAAUGGAAAAGAGUUUGGGUUGCCUCCGUUAUCUUCAGACAACGAACCAGUGGCUCUUUUAUAUAAGACAAUAUUUGCUCAAUUGAAUAACAGAGACAAACAAACCGCAGAUGCUUCAACAAAAGAUGGGUUUAUGGAUGCUCUAAAGGAUAUACUCAGGAAAUUUGAGGAUUUACUCGAAACCACACCGGUUUAUUCAGCUACCAAUCUCUAGAGCAAGCCACUAUUCUCUGUAAAUUGAGCAUUAUUUACGAGAGGGGGAGAGAGCUUUACAUUAACGUCCCCGAGGCGUAUUAAUGUAUAUCUGAGAAUUUCAGUCACACCCAUUAUUAUCUCUGCCAUUUGGAAAGGCACAUUACAGAUUUUAAAGUGUAAAUGAUAUAUUUAUGUUAUCAUUAUCGGAAGUUACAACACGAGUUGGUAUGAA